CACUCUGUCUCGCUCUGUGGCAGACGCAAGGAACGGUUUUAAUCAGACGUCAGUUGCUUUGACUUGCCACCAGACUGACCUAUAUCCGUUUCCUGAACUUGGGAUAUCUGUGGACCAGUCCCCAUUUGGCUAGGUCUGUCACGUUGGACGGCAGCGCAACAGUUUGCUGUGUUUUGUUACGAAGCUAUGGCCCAGACAAAGAUGUUGGGACAUAUGCUAGUCGCCAUCUGGCUUGGUGCUUUGGCCAGUGCUUCGAGCGAUGUUGAAGACAUGGGUCAGAGGGAGGCAACGUUUGACAUGAGUGAACUACUUGGAGCAGGCCGCAGUGACCCCAACCCAGACAUGUCCCAGAGAGAGGUUACAUUUGAUCUGGCCGAUAUUUGGGGUCUGGAAGACACAGACAACCUGAUGCAAAAGGAGGUAACCUUUGAUCUACCUGACUUCCUGAAGGAGAAAGUUUCCAACUACUCUGGCCCAGACACAACACAGAGGGAGAUAACAGAUGAGUUUGAAGUGGAUCUCCCCCCUAGAGGUCCUGGUCAGUUUGGCCCCCGUGGCUAUGCACCACCUCGUGUUCCAUUCCCCCCUGGUCGCCCCACGUCUGACAACAUCCAGGCAAUUUGCCUCCAUGGCAGUGGGCGACCGCGGUACCCUCCAGGUGCACUGCCUCAUACUGGCUUUGGCCACCUGUCCCGCCAAGCUGAUGCCAUUCACCGCACCGAGGGCUGGUACAGUCAGCAGUGCUGUCAGGGCAGCUGGCAACAGAACAUACACAGGACCUUGUGCUGCGCUCAUCAGGCAUGGAAGAAGGCCCUUGAAGAGUUUUGCGAAGAUGAGUUCAAGGUGAAGACGAGACACUAUCACUGCUGUAAGCUGCGGGCCCAAGCCAGGUUGAACUGCUUUCAGAGAGAGGCCCCCAAUCCCACCUACAAGUCUACCACACGUUACUAUGGACCUGAACUCCUGCCUAGGGGUUCAGCCUUCACCUUCACCAACAACUGCAACAGAUUCGACGCAAGGCACUCUGCCGCCGCUGCUCCACGGGCCCUGAGACGAGAAUCAUCCGUCCCAGACAUUAGCUUUCCACCCGGCCGACCCACCUCCUCCAACAUCAAGUGGGUCUGUAAGCUGCGGAAACUGCGACCACGCUAUGUCGCCAGCUGCCUGCCUCGCGGCGGCUACGGAUGGUUAGCCCGUCAGUCUAAAGCCAUCAACCGCCUUGAGAGAGGCCUGAAGCGCUGCUGCAAGGGGAAAAAGGAAGUGCUGGCCUGUGCUGAUGAGAAGUGGAGAGAGGAGAUGAACCGUUUCUGCCAGGAUGAGCACGGUGUGAAGACCAAACACUACGAGUGCUGCAGGCUGCCAGCGGGAGACGAGCGCCUCUCCUGCCUCUCCUCCAAAGCGCCCCAUCCAGAUUACCAAGCUGAACUGUUGCAGAGGGCAUCUAACAGAGUCCCUCCACAUCUUCAACUUGUCUGUGAAACACACAAGAUCCUCAAGAAGUUACAGGGUAAGGUUCCCGUGGCCAGUGUUGUGAAAAAGUGCUGCCACCUUGUGCAAGAACAGAGACAUGCAUGUUUGCAGGACACGCUGGACAGCCUGCAAAGGGAGAAAUGCUCAGAAAAACCUCUCUCUCCUAUGGUAACCCCAGACUGCUGUGGACCAAAUCCCACCAAAUGUUUCUCGGAUUUGCUGCUGAAGUCCAUCAAAGAGGCUGCAGAAACUCCAAGUUUCAAGAGAAGAAGGUGUCCUCUGGUCCAUAUUUGAUUCCCUAUGUCCUGCCAUCCUCUUCUCUCUGGAGAUGAAGUGUUGAUUUAUUUUAAGAGGACAUCAGAAACGCUGGAGUAAAACGAAUUCAGGAGCCUAUGAAAUAUGAUACUUGCCACUGACACACUGCAAUUUAUAUUUUAUACUACUUUUGUACACUUUGAAAUUAUAUUUCUGUUAUAUUUUAGGUAUAUCAUACACAAUUACAUUUGAGGUUUGUAAACAAUUAUUCAAGGCUAUUUCAAAAUGCAAGGCCAGUUCAUUUCAGUAGGCCUAGGCUUUCACCUUUUCACAAAUAAAUACAACAUUUACCUACUUUCAAAAACAUGAGCAACAAAGACCUCUCUUCAAACUAUCAGAAAGAUGUUGUUACUUUGUCUUUUAGUGUUGUUGUUGGCAUAACCACUAGUUCUUAGGCUACUUGCAAAUUUGAUUAAAAAUUACAAAAUAGGCACUGUAGGCCUAAGCAACAUUCCUAACUUUGUUGUAAGGUGUGGUAUAGUCUAGCCUAGUGAGUCUUUGGAAUUUAAAUGUUCAUGAAUGACAAAUAAAGUUUUUUUUUUUUUUUUACUGACA